CCAGCCUCACAGCUAGCUGAUGCCUGCCUACAGCACACACUGAGCCAGGGGAACAAGACACACACUCUGUGCUGCUGCUGCUCCUGGGGGUCACCGGCAUUAAGCCGAAGUGGAGCCUGACAUUCCCUCCUACAGACUGAGAAGUUUUUUUGGAAGAGAUGUUUUCUCCUCCUGUCAGCAGUGGGAAAAAUGGACCAACUUCUUUGGCAAGUGGACAUUUCAGUUGCCCAAAUGUAGAAGACAGAAGUAACUCAGGGUCCUGGGGGAGCAGUGCACACCCGAGUCCAUCCCGAAAGCUGUCAUGCAGCGUGCAGGCGAGUGUGCAUAGCCAUCCACCCCGGAGGUGGCUGCAUCAGAACUACGGGGAAGGAUCUCACUACGAACACAUGACAAGCAGGGACAUGACUUCACACGACAAUCUCUCACCGCCGUUUGUAAAUUCAAGACUACACAAUAAAUCAGAGCGAAGCUCAUACCCAUGCUACAGCAGAGACUCAGAAAUACAGGGCUGCCAUCAGCAAAGCCUUCUCGGAGGUGAAAUGGACAUUGGCAAUUCAGGGGCUCUUUCACCCACAAAGCCUGGCUCACAGUACUAUCAUUAUUCAAGCAAUAACUCCAGGAGGAGGCCUUUUCAUAGCAGCUCAAUGGCAGAGGUGCAAGCAAAGAAAGUAAGGAAAGUUCCUCCAGGUUUACCCUCUUCAGUUUAUGCCCCGUCAGCAAGCACUGCCGACUACAAUAGGGAUUCACCAGGUUAUCCAUCCUCGAAGCCAGCCUCCAGCACUUUCCCUAGCUCCUUCUUCAUGCAAGAUGGUCACCACAGCAGUGAUCCUUGGAGUUCGAGUGGAAUGAACCAAGCUGGCUAUGGGGGAAUGUUGGGCAACUCUUCUCAUAUUCCACAGUCAAGCAGCUACUGCAACAUACAUCCACAUGACCGUUUGAGCUAUCCAUCACACUCUUCAACGGACAUCAAUUCUAGUCUUCCUCCUAUGUCCACAUUUCAUCGUAGCAGCACAAAUCAUUAUAACGCCUCUUCCUGUACACCGCCUGCCAAUGGAACAGAAAGUAUUAUGUCGAGCAGAGGUAGCGGAGCAGCGGGAAGCUCGCAGACUGGGGAUGCGCUGGGUAAAGCUUUGGCCUCUAUCUAUUCUCCCGAUCACACCAACAACAGCUACUCAUCCAAUCCUUCAACUCCUGUUGGCUCUCCGCCUUCCCUCUCAGCAGGCACAGCUGUUUGGUCAAGGAACGGAGGACAGGCUUCCUCAUCACCGAGCUACGAAGGCCCCUUGCACUCACUACAAAGCCGUAUUGAGGACAGAUUGGAAAGAUUAGAUGAUGCAAUUCACGUACUAAGGAACCAUGCAGUGGGGCCUUCGACGGCAAUGCCAGGAAGCCACAGUGACAUGCACGGAUUAAUCGGACCAUCUCACAAUGGAGCCAUGGGCGGCAUGGGCUCAGGAUAUGGAACUGGCCUCCUUUCAGCAAACAGACAUUCUCUAAUGGUGGGUUCACAUAGGGAGGACAGUCUACGAGGAAGUCACUCGCUUGUGCCAAACCAGGUGCCCGUUCCACAGUUGCCUGUCCAGUCGGCUACGUCACCGGACUUAAACCCAUCUCAAGACCCAUACCGUGCCCUCUCAGCUGGUCUGUCGGGACAGAACUUGUCUCCGGGUAGCUCCGAGAUCAAAUCAGAUGAUGAAGGAGAUGAAAACCUUCAAGACUCCAAGUCAGGCGACGACAAGAAAUUAGAUGACGACAAGAAGGAUGUCAAAUCAAUAACGAGGUCAAGAUCUAGCAAUAACGAUGAUGAGGAUCUGACCCCCGAGCAGAAGGCGGAGCGGGAGAAAGAAAGAAGGAUGGCCAAUAACGCUCGUGAGCGUCUCCGCGUCCGCGACAUCAACGAGGCUUUCAAGGAGCUGGGGAGGAUGGUGCAGCUUCACUUGAAAAGCGACAAACCCCAGACCAAGCUUCUGAUACUACAUCAGGCAGUGGCUGUCAUCCUUAGCUUGGAACAGCAAGUCAGAGAAAGAAACUUAAACCCUAAAGCAGCAUGUCUAAAGAGAAGAGAAGAAGAAAAAGUAUCAUCAGACCCCUCGCCUCUAUCUCUUUCAGGCCCCCAUGGCGGUAUGGGGGACGCAUCAAAUCAUUUGGGACAGAUGUAAAAAAAAAGGUCCAGUAUUUUCCAUUUGUCCCCCUUUUGCAUUUCUUCAUUUAGUCAAGAAGCCACUUCCUUAACAGCUGUAUUAUCUUAAUCCCAGAUAAACAUUUCUCCCUCGACCCUUUUUUUUGUAAAAUAAGACAAGUCUGAGUAGAUAUAUGCAUUACAGACGCAAGAGCAUUCCCAACAACACAAGAAUCAGCGCAACGUGAAGGAGGACUCCUAACAUGUCCCGAGCAGUAUGUCCUAGGCGGCUGCUACGCAACCUGGACAGUGAAUGGCAAUCUACUCCACACCGUGGAACAAUGCAUUUGUGCCUAAACCUCAUUUG